AUGGCUGUCAGGGAAUCAUCAAGAUACCUGGCACGGUCAGUUCCCAGGGCCUUUGUGCCUUGUAGCCGCACUCAGGCUUUCUUGGGCCGCCGCAAUGCCUCCGAUGAAGCCCCAAGCCGGCGCUUGUCGGACCAACUAGACGAGCUCGAGACCGCGUCGUCGUUGAAUGCCACGGUCCCCGAGGAUCUUGUCAAAUCAUUUGACCCUGUGGCCCGCUCAAAGGGUCGCAAGACACAGCUUCCUCGUUCCCGAUACCAAUUUCGGUCUCCCAAAUAUGACCGUGGUCCUCUUCACCCUCACCAACCUCCUCCCCCUUCAGAUCCUUCCUCCCGUCUCUUCGUUCCCGGCCCCUUCUCCCUCCCGCGGGCUCAGCAGACCUACAACUCCACCGUCGCGUCCGACAUCCUGACCCUAUGCUACGUUCACACACCACCCGGCUUCAAGGCCCCUCCCAAAGCACCCCGUCUGCGUGAGUGGGACGAGAGCUCCCCAUACCACAAGAACCGUCCUCUCCGCGGUCCCCGCGGUGGUGACGUCCUGCGGUUGCUCCGCAAGCCAAUCAAGUUCAACAACAUCCCUGAGAUUGAGCGCAUCACGAUUCACAGCUAUGUCAAGGGUGCUGCGCAGGAGAACUCUGGCUGGUUGCACGUUGCUGGUAUGGCUGUUCAAGCCAUCUCCAACGUCCGCGUGGAGACCUUCAAGUCCAAGGCUAGCGUUGCUACAUGGAGUAUCGCACCAGGCCGUGACACCGUCGCAGUGAAGGCGGAGAUGUACGGCGAGACCAUGUAUCACUUCCUCGGAAAGCUGAUUGAUGUGGUUCUUCCUCGCAUCAAGGACUGGCCGGGUGUGAAGGGAAGCAGUGGUGAUAGCAGUGGCAACAUCACCUUCGGUCUGGAACCAGAACAAGUUGCCUUGUUCCCGGAGAUCGAGGUCAACUACGACAUGUACCCUCCCAAGAUGAUCCCUGGUUGUCACAUCACCCUCCAUACUACCGGCAAGUCCGAUAAGGAUGCUCGCCUCCUGCUGAGCGCGAUGGGUGUGCCCUUCUAUGGCAAGAUUGUGCACUAA